GCAGCGGAUUAUAUUCGCAGCCAAUUAUUAUUAUUUAUUUUUUGCGUUGACGCUCCAGGACGGUCCGUCCGGAUUUGUUUUGCAGGGCCGCUCUCCCGAGCUGCGUGUGUGUGUGUGCGGUGCGGGGCGGUGCGGGGCGCAGUGCGGUGGCGUUUCCCGACAAGAAAUCGUCCUCUCUGCCCACAUACCGUCGUGUGGUUUAGAUAUUGGAUAUUAUCUCUCUAUACCCCUCUACGAGGAGGACGCGGCGCCGUUGAUCGGGGCGGAGGGUCGGGAUGAGCAGCAGCAGCAGCAUUUACGCGAGUCGCAAGAGGCGAAAGCCAGUCCAGAAGAGUGGAAAAGGCCUAGUCACAGAAGGAGCAAAGUCCAAUCCAUCAAAAAGGCAUCGGGAUCGAUUGAAUGCUGAGCUGGAACGCCUCGCCAGUCUGCUGCCUUUCCCACAGGAUGUUGUAGCCAAAUUGGACAAACUUUCUGUCCUUCGCCUCAGUGUCAGCUAUCUGAGAGCUAAAAGUUUCUUCAAUGUCUCGAUAAAAUCAAACAAGAGACCAGAUGGGAACGGUAUCCACGAAAACUGCCGAGCGCCAAGACCCUCUGAAGAUUUUAUGGAGGGAGAGCUCCUGUUACAGGCUCUGAAUGGAUUUGUGUUGGUGAUUACUGCUGAAGGCUUAGUAUUUUACACAUCUUCCACCAUCCAGGACUACCUAGGAUUUCAUCAAUCUGAUAUUAUCCAUCAGAGUGUCUUUGAACUGAUCCACACAGAGGAUAGAGGUGAAUUCCGUCGGCAGAUUCACUGGGCUCUGAAUCCUGCCCCGACCCCUGACUCAGGCCAACUCGUGCAAGGUGAAAAUAGCCUUCCUUUGUCAAUCACCCAUUACAAUCCUGAGCAACUUCCACCAGAAAACUCACCGUUUUUGGAACGGAACUUUGUCUGUAGGCUCCGAUGUCUCCUGGAUAAUUCCUCUGGAUUUCUGGCUAUGAAUUUCCAAGGCAGAUUGAAGUUUCUUUAUGAACAGAACAGGAAGGGGAAAGAUGGCUCAUUAAUCCCACCACAAUUGGGGUUAUUUGCGAUAGCAACGCCACUGCAGCCUCCAUCCAUCCUGGAGAUUCGAACCAAAAACUUCAUUUUCAGAACCAAGCACAAAUUAGACUUCACACCCAUUGGGUGCGAUGCCAAAGGGAAGCUGGUCCUCGGCUACACAGACACUGAGCUCUGCAUGCGAGGAACUGGUUAUCAGUUUAUUCAUGCUGCUGACAUGAUGUAUUGUGCAGAGAACCAUGUGCGAAUGAUGAAGACUGGAGAAAGUGGCAUGACAGUUUUCAGACUCUUGACCAAAGAGAAUGGUUGGACCUGGGUGCAGGCCAAUGCACGGUUGGGAUAUAAGAAUGGGAGGCCAGAUUAUAUUAUCGCCACACAGAGAGCUCUCACAGCAGAAGAAGGGGAAGAGCAUUUGAGGAAACGAGCAUUGCAGUUGCCCUUUAAUUUUGCCACUGGGGAGGCGUUGCUAUAUGAAGGAAGCUUUUCAUUGCUCGGAUUGAUGGAUCCCUCACACAAUAAAAUCAAAGUAAUGACCGGAAAAUUAACAGCUCUCAAAGAAACAUCUUCAAGGGGACAGGAAUCUAUCGAUCCAAGCUCGCUUCUUGGUGCCAUGCUUCAGCAGGACAGAUCUGUAUAUGUCUCUGCUCCAUCACAAAAUUGCAAUAUUUCCUUUGAAAACAUUUGCAAUGAGAGCAAAGAUGCAGAACAAAACGAUAUUGUUCCCAGUGAUUGGGAGGAUGUUCUGUUCAGUGGAAAGAACAGGAUUGGGAAGAAACAGCCCACCGACUGCAUUCAGGAUGAAGCCACCUUCGCCCCUGCUGAAGAGAAUUUAGACUUUUUGGCAAAUAACAUUGGCAGUGAUCUUUAUAACACUAUGAAAAGUCUUGGAAUUGGGCUGGAAGACUUUGACCUCAUACAGCGGGAUGAGACGUUCCUGAGAGUUAAUUGGGAUUAUCUGGAUGAAGCUGGAGAUAUAAAUGACAUAUCACUAAACGAGGAGAUUCUAACCUAUGUCCAGGAAUCAUUGAAAAAGAGGUCCGACUGCAUGUACUCUAGCUGCAUGCAGCAAAAGCCACUUACUCCGAGUUCAAGUUGUAUGGUUCAACAGCAAGUGCAUCAAGAGCAGAAGCAGCAAAAAGAGCAAAAUUAUCAACAGCAUCAGCAGCAAGACCAGCAGCAGCAGCAGCAACAUUAUUAUCAGCAGCAGCAGCUAUGCCAGAAAAUGAAACAUAUGCAAGUCAAUGGACCGUUUGCAAACUGGAACCCAGGCAAUGAAAGACUUGUCAAUUGUCAGCAACAGUUUGGGUUCUCUGGCUUAGACAGCACCGCCCAAGAGGUCCAGUACAAAUCUGAGCUCAGUGUUACCCCCUCAGCCUGUCAGCAAGAUGUUCAUUUGCACCAGCAGCUUGCUGCGUUCCCAGCACAGCCUUCUAACUUAAUACAAACAGACUUCCCGAUUAGUAGCUAUCACACAAGGAACUAUACCACAGCUGAUGGUUUGGAGGAUUACCUGUACUCAAAUGUACAGCAAAACCCACAAAUUCCAGACUGCAGUGGAGCAAACACGACCGGCUCAGGGACAACACAGCAGGCAUUCUAUGCAGGGGACGUGACAAUGUACCCAUGUGAGAAUGAUUUGUCCUGUAUCAAUCCUGUACAGUUGAAUCCUGCAAUCUCAAGUCAACAGCAAUUUUUAGCCAAGCAGAUCGAAACUGGAUACAUUGAUGUAAACAGUACUGAAAUCUAUCCAAGCUCCUUCAACAACGUGAAUUACCCAUCGUUAAACUCUCAGCCUCUUAAUCAUCAUCCAGGAAAAUCUACUCAAGUCUACUCAAACCAACCAAACAGUGGCUUUAUGUAGAUGAAUACAAGGACUACCAUCCUGUGUCAAACAUGAUGGUUUGAAUACUGCCAGCUGAAGGACAGCUGGAAAGUAUGCAGAAUGUGAAGGGACAAGGAGCUUCUAAAACUGAAGAAUUAUAAGGCGCAAAAGACUGCACUGUGCUGGAUUUUAAAUUGGACCUUAUACUCUGUUAUGGAUGAUAUUGAUUCUUUGUUUUGCACUAAAAGUGCAUGUGUGUUUUUGCUCAGAUUUUGCGUGAAAUAUGAAGUUCUUCCUUCACGGACAUUAAAUUCUUUGGUAAUGUUCUGUUAGAUUUGGGGGGAGUAGGGGCGGGGGUCCUAGGACCUUGGCACAGAGUAUUCAUUUGAAAUAAAUCAAUUUUGGCACAUGCACAUUCAUCCCAGUAAUUAGGUCCAACCCAUCAUGAAAGAUCGGUAAAGGUUCUGCAAGAUCAAGUUUUGGCUAAUUGGACACGGUCUCUCGGAGGUUGCAUCCCACAACUAAGUGUUUGGCCCAGAGUGCGUGAGGACUGUACAGUUGGAGCUAAUUUUAUAUAAUUACAAACUAUCAUUAUGUAAGAUCUGUAUUUUUACUUCCUACAAAGAAAAUUAUUUUAUACGUGUGUCUUCAUAUUUUGGAUGUAAGCAGGUUACGUUCACAUACACGAACAUGCUAUGAAAGCAUCCUGUCUGCAUGAUAAGAUCAUGACUAUAAUUUCCCCCUUCUCUCCCCCACUGCUGUAAAUCUUUAGGCAGUAGUAUUAUGCUUUGCUGUACAAUCCGCUGUACGGAACCAAAGCCAUAAAACCAAUUUUUCAUUUGUCUGUACAGUGGCUGGCAGUGAACAGGGAAAGACAUUUGGUUACGUUUAAACUUAUUUUUCUCUAUUUGAUGGACCUAAAGGUUGUGCGAGCUCCCUAACUCCAUGGAAGGUAAUAAUACUUGAGACUUAAGAACUCAGCGUUAAAUGCUUAACCUGAUUUAAAGAAUCUAUUCAGAAGGGUAGCUCUCAGUUCACAUUGACAUAAUGGGAAUGAUUUAAAGUAGCCUGCAGAGCUGCUGUAAUGCUCUGUAAAACUUUUAAAGAAUUAGCCCCUCUGGAUAAAUAUGGGGAACAGUGGAAUAAAUUCAUUUUAGUUACCUUUUGUUAACUAUUCUGACUUCAGUUAGAUUUGUUGUGAAGAUUUUGAUUUACUGAAUACAAUAGGUAUUCCACUGUAUACUCUCCAUUUAUAGUAUGCAUAGUAGAUAAAAUUACAUAAAAUGUAUAUUUUAUUUAAGCAUCAAAGAUGUUAUACCACACCUCUUUUCCCCCUCCCUCCCCACCACCCUCACUUUCAUUUCCCUGCUUAAAUAAGUUGCAUUACUGCACAUAUUCUACCUGUGGACAUCUAUUUUACUUUCCAGACAAACAGAGAAUUUGUUUUUACAGUGCAUCGUCUCAAAGUUAAACCAGUAUCGUAAAUUAUUUCUGCGAAAGAGAACAUCAUAUCAAUUUCCUAUUACAAUGCACAUAGGGGGCGGGGCUGGUGAGAAUACUCUUUGACCAGGGUCAGUCGUCUUUAAACCAGGCUUGACUUGACUGAUAGGUCCAUUGACCAAUGAGAGGUGAGGACACCCUGACGAGUGGCCCGCCAGACCAGAAGUAGGCGGGCACCCCGGGGAGUUGGGAGAGAGGCAAGAAGGGUCCCGUGGGUGAUGGGGUUGGGGCUGCUUAGAGGUCUGGCUAUGAUCCUCCUUAGGCCGUUUCCCUCCUGGCUCCCAUUAAAGAGAUGGGCUGUGGGUAGAUUGGGUGGAGGCUAAGCCUAUGAUUAUGCAAUGCAGUGAUGUCUCUUUAUCCAGAAAGGAUUUUGUUUUACCUCUUUGAGAACCUGUGCCUGAUCCCAUGAGCCACUGUAUAGUUUGUGUAAAUUGGCUGUUUCACAGGCACAGGUGUUGACAUAUGUCAGCCCUUGUUUCUUAUGGCACAUUUGCAGCAUUUAGCAGGAAGACAGUAAUUAUGGAUUAUUUUGUCAAAAAAAAAUUACUUUAUUUACAAAAUAUUUAGAAUUUUUUUCCCAGCACUUUCGUAAACCUGGCAAAGGCGUGCUGUACACAUUCAGCCUCAGUUAACAUACCUAUCCCUGGUAUAUUGCACUCUUCAGGAGAAAAAAUAACUAAUACUUAACUGUAAAAGCUCUUAUUGAUUCAGUGAGCAGUAAAGAUGACUACAACAGCAAGUUUGCUUUAAUUAUUAAAAGCUACAUUUUGCAGUUUAUCAAAGAAAGAAAAGUACUUUUUAAUACAAUUACUUUAUCGAACAGGUUUUGUAGACUUGCAAAAACAUCAAUAUUGGUGCAAAAUGUACCUUUAUUUUGAAUAAUUGUUACUGAUUUUGUACAUGUUCAAUUUGACACAUUUUAGUGUGUAUUAUGUAAUUUAUAUAUUCUGAACAAAAUUGUCCUUUUGAAGAUAAUUAUAUUUUAAAACACAUUUAUUACAUUUUUAAACGUUGCCGGUUUCGUAAGCAUAAACCAAAAUACUGUAAUAUGCCAGAGUAAUAGUUUUUUUUUGAAUAUUCACCCGGUUCAUCCCUUGCUUGUUACCCAUUUUACAUGGAAGGGGAAAUGAUCUGGGUGUCGCAUGAUUUUAGUUUGCUUAUUGCUCAGUAGCAGAACCAGUCUGUGUGUGUUUCAGGGUCAGAAGCAUUUGUAAUCCUUGGAGCAAUAAAUGCUUUAAGUUGCACACAAUCUUCAGAGUAGGAUUUGAAAAGAUAUGCCUUGAAACACAGAACCAAUCUAAGGGAGAAUAUUUUUGUGGGAGAUGAGGCAAGAAAGUUAGAAUGCAUUUUAAAUAUUCCUCUCUUAGAUACAGCAGAUAGACUUAGCUAUGCUUAUGGAUUUAUUUGGUUUAGUUUAAAUAAAAGGUGUGUAAUGGUUUUAUGGGCACCAUCUUCUUGAAAAAUUAUUUGACCGUAUAGUCCACACACCCUCUCUCUUGCCUAGGGGAAGGUCUGCAUGAUAAUGUGAUUCGAAAAGAUAAUUGAGCAAACCUACAGAAAUUUUAUCCGUCUGAACAUCUUAUUAAACUAUUAUAGGUCAUCUCAAGUGCACUAGCAGUGCUUGUUUGUGAUUUCCUUGCGCUGAAAUUAGGCUUUGUUCGUCUGUUUCUUUCCACUUCUCAAAAUAGAUUUGCAAGUACUUUUGUGAAGAUUGUGCCCUUUUGAAAUCAUGCUCUUAGAGACUCACCAAUGUGGCUUUGGCUUAGAUUAACUCAGUAGGAUGAGAAUAUGGGUUGCCGAUCCCUUUCUGCUGUUAAGGGGUGAAAUGAAUUAAAUUUUUAUGACAGUUGAAGCUCAUUAGCAUUGUCUGGUCUAAAUUAGUCUCACCAUGUGAAAAGUGAACAACCUGAUGCUCCCCUUCAACACUACCAACCAUUAAACGUGACUUCGUCGAGAGCAACGAAAAGACUGAUGCACCUCAUUUCUAACAGAAUGAGAAACAAUACAGUUUGCAAUACUAAAGACUGGCUCCUGCAUUUUGGAACUGAGAAAUGAGGGGUUUGCUGAAACUAAGCCCUAUAAGGUAUGCGAAUGUGAUAAACAGUAGCUAAGUCUACAAACACUGUAAUAGAGGUUUAAAGGGAUAGCAUCAUAUUGUACAAAAGUACUGUUUAUUAAUUAUAUCAUGUUAUAGACAUUAGUCUACUAAGCCAAAUUAAAAAAAAUACCAUAUUACUAAGUGCCAAGCAUUCAGUACUGCCAGUACUGGCUUAUUGUAAGCAUUUAUAUGCGUAACAGCUUAUUAGUGUUUUGGUCUAUACUUGCAGCAGCUGAGCCUUAGUAGUACACAGUGAGAUGGUAUAUGCAAGUGCACUGGUGACUGCACAAGCACCAUAAAGGUUUGGAAGUACACCUCAGUUUGAAUUCUGCUCUCUUUGCUCUCCAGUCUUUUUUGUUAAAGUGAUGUUUUAAAAAAACAGUAUUACUGUAAACAGUUUCUUGUAAGUUUAUUUUGACUUUUGUUUCUAAUGGAUUUGCUCACAGUUUGCUAUGUCCACACACACUGUACAUGUUUCUAAGAUAACAUUUGUAGUAACCUCACUGACCUUCAGUGAAGUUUGUAAAACUUCAAUAUUGUAAUAAAAGCUCACUGAAUGUGAAUAUUUUGGAACCAAAAUUGA